AUGCCUAAGAGCAAGUUUUCCCUAAAGGAGGUGAUGGAUGUAGUUGUGGAGAUGGAGGUGGAGGUGGGUAGUGGUGGUGGUAGUGGAGGAGGUUAUGGUGGUGGUGGAGACGGUGGUGGUGGUGGUGGGAGAGAGUGGGUGAGAACUGCAAGGAAAAAGUAG